AUGGUUGUUCUCUCUGAACUCGUGAAUCCUAAACUCUCAGAAGGAUCUUCAUCUUCUUCAUCAACUCAUGGUCAUAGUUCAUCAAUUCGUGGCCAUGGUUCAUCAAUUGAUCGUCAUAGAUAUGACAUAUUUUUAAGUUUUAGAGGUCUGGACACUCGUCUUAAUUUCACCAACUACCUUUAUGAGGCACUUAUAGAGGCCAAUAUCAACACCUUCUUGGUUGAUGAAGAAGAGAUUGAAACAGGGGAAGAUCUUAAACCGGAAUUGGAGACUGCAAUUAAGGCAUCUCGGGGUUCUAUUAUCGUGUUGUCUGAGAAUUACGCUACUUCAACAUGGUGUCUGGAUGAAUUGGAGCUGAUUCUUGAGCAACGUAUGACAUCCAACCAUAUUGUUAUCCCUAUAUUUUAUUGUGUGGAGCCUACCCAUGUCAGGAAGCACAAAGGUAGCUUUGGAGAUGCAAUGGCUAAGCAUAAACGGACAAUGGAGGCAGAGACAGAUGUAAAUAAAAGAAGUCAAUGGGCUCAAAAGAUGGACCGAUGGAAUAAAGCUCUUACAGAAGUUGCUAAUUUAAAAGGAAUUGAUGUAAAAGGAAGGUUUGAGACAAAGUUUAUUGAAGAAAUUGUCAAAGACAUCUACCGUCGAUUACAUGUAUCUUUAAGGAGUGCUCAACCAUUCCUUAUUGGGAUGGACAAUCAUAGUAACUUUGUCACUUCAUGGUUGAAAGAUGGAUCCUCACAUACGACAGACAUACUUACUAUUUUGGGUAUGGGCGGGAUUGGGAAGACAUCUUUAGCCAAAUAUGUCUAUGGGUUGCAUUGUCGUGACUUCCCCACAAGUAGCUAUAUUGAAGAUAUAAGUAGGAGAUGUGAUGGAAAGUUUAAUGGGUUGCUUGAUUUACAAAAACAAAUUUGCAAUGACCUUUUAAAAACAAAUUCAAUUCAAAUUCAUGAUGUUUCAAUAUACACCUCAAAAAUAGAGAAUCUCUUAGCACGUAAAAGGGUGUUUCUAGUUCUUGAUGACAUCGAUAGUCUUGAUCAAUUGGAUGCAUUACUUGGAAGCAAAGGUUUUCAUCCUGGAAGCAAAAUCAUUAUAACAACAAAGGACACAUGGUUGACAGAGAGUUGUGCACUAUUCAAAACAAAAGUUAAACCCAAGCAUGCAAAACACAUCCUUGAAGGCUUAAAUUGGAUUGAAUCAGAACAACUUUUGUGUUUUCAUGCAUUCAUGUGCAAACAUCCAAAGGAUGGUUAUGAAGAGGUGUCAGAUAAGCUUGUUAAGUACUGUCAAGGACAUCCGUUGGCGCUUGAAGUUUUGGGCAAGUCUCUUCAUAAUCGAGAUGUAGCUUACUGGGAAGGGUGCAUAGAAGGGCUAAAGAAAGAAACAGAUUCUCGUGUAAAUAAUAUCUUGAGAAUGAGCUUUCAUUCAUUGCCAUCUAACAAUGAUAAGGAGUUGUUUAAGCAUAUUGCUUGUUUUUUUGUUGGAAUAGAUAGAUAUGUUACUCAAACAAUAUUAAACGCAUGUGAUAUAAACACAAGAGCUGGAAUCACGAAUCUAAUUGACAGAUUCCUUCUUAGUAUCGGAUGGAAUAAUGAAUUCGAGAUGCAUCAGUUGGUUCAAGAGAUGGGAAGAUCCGAAGUAAAAAAAGAAUCAUUUGACAAGCCAUGGAAGCGAAGUCGAUUAUGGUGUCAUAAAGAGUCAUUCAAAGUGUUAAAACAAAAACAGGGUAAGGGAAAUAUUGUAGGCCUUGCACUUGACAUGCGCAUGCUUGAGAAAGAGAAGUUGAGUGGAUCAUUUGAGCUGAACACAGAUGCAUUAAGCAAGAUGGAUAAUCUGAUGCUACUACAACUUAAUUAUGUUCACAUGAAUGGGUCCUACGAGAAAUUUCCGGAUGAAUUAAAAGGCUUGUUUAUGCAUGGGUUCUGUUUAAAGUCUAUACCUUCAGACUUACCUAUGGAGAAUCUUGUUGCUCUUGACAUGUCAUAUAGCAAUAUUGAAUCAUUUGUCGGCUCUUAUAGUAAUCCACAACGACUUCAGAAGAGGAAAAAGUUGGAUGGACCAUGCUUAAAGGAAAUAAGGUUGCUUAGGGCAUUGAAGAUUCUUAAUUUAAGUUUCUGUAAACAACUUCGUAGUCUUGGUGACUUUGACCAACUCCCUGCACUUGAGACAUUAAUACUUAGAAAUUGCAUUGGUUUGCUUGAGGUUUGUGAAUCAAUUGAGCAAUGUGUUGAGCUUGUCCUCAUUGAUCUAAGCUAUUGCAACAAGCUUGAAAAGCUUCCAAGAAGCAUACACAUGUUAAAGAAGGUUAAAACAGUGUUGCUAGAUGGUUGUAAUUUCGGGGAAUCUCGAAUCGUGAAUAGGGAUAUAAAGUCACCAGAAAUGUACAGUGGCAUAAACACAAGAACCUCUUCCUCCUCCUUUGUGGGUGAUAUACCAAAUGAUUUGAAGUCUUUCACACUUUCAUUACCGGGAUCUUUACAAAGGUUGUCACUUGCAAAUAAUAAGUUGUCUGUUGAAUCUUUUCCCAUGGACUUCAAUUGCCUAUCGAUGUUAAAGGAAUUAUAUUUAGAUGGAAAUCCGAUCACUUCCAUGCCGGAUUGUUUGAGAACCCUUCCUAGUCUUGAGAUACUUGGUAUGAGGAACUGUGAUUUAUUGAAGUCGGUUGUGUAUCCUCCACGUACACUAAAAAAGUUGUGGCUUAAUUCUCGUCACGAGUAUGAUGAAACUGUCAUAGAAAAAGUUGUAUUUGAUCCACAAAUGUCCCCACUUCGGUUAUCAUCAAAUGCAAUAGAUUUUGUACCUUGGUCAUAUGAAAUUGAAGGGAUGCUCAAAAUCCAACCAAUGGGGGGUGUUGAGGAAAACGUAUUAUGUAGCUUGGGCUGGACUAACAUAGACUUCCUUAACAAAAGGCGUGUGGAGACUAAUUCUUCGGAAUCAAAAAUCCAGAUGAUUUACGAAUUUGGAAUAUUCAGCACAAUGUAUGGGGUAGAGGAGAUGCCGAGUUGGAUUAGGGAUAGAUGCUUGGGCCCGUCAAUAUCAUUUUUCAUCCCAUCAACUCCAAACAAGCUUAGAGGACUCAACUUCUGCUAUGUGCAGAUGUUGCGAUUUCUAGAUGAUCAAGCCCCUCCUUCACCAAUUAUCACAAUCAGUAAUAUAACAAAGGAUCACACAUGGAUAUACGAACGUUUUAUGGACAGAUAUUGUAUAAAUCGAAAGUGUUGGGUGGUGUUAAGUCAUUGGAUGUUUGGAAUGAAUGAGAUGGAGGCUGGUGACCAUGUUACUAUCACUGUUACAGUUACAGAUCCGUAUGAAGAACGUAUAAAGGAGUGUGGGGUGAGUCUUGUGUAUGAUGAUGGGGACAAGAUGGAUGAUGAAGAAGAAGAUGUGUUGGGUUAUUAUAAGUCAUGGAAUCACAUCAUUGGUGGAGAUCUCUCCCCUUUUCAAACAACAACUGGAGAAUGCAUUCUACACAACAAGCGGUUUUUUGAGUAUGGCGUUGAUCUGUUCCCAUAUCAUCGUAAAUUGGUUGGAGAGGGCUCCAGCUAUCAAGUACAAGAGACAGAGUGGUUUAGAGCUUUUUCCCCAAGGAAAACAACAUAA